ACGUGUCAAUAUUUGAGGCAAAGAGACAGAAAAAUUGGGGACAGGCGAUUUCCUCCCAAAUCCUCAAUCGUGUUCCAACUCGCACUAUUGCUUUUUCUACUGCUGCGCUACCACAGUGCUGGAAUUACUAAAUAGACUCCAAAGUUUUGGGCUUUUUGUAGAAUUGAAAACUAAUACAAAACUGAUUGGGUUAUGUUGGUGAAUGUUUGUAUCUGUGCAUUAUGUAUGUGUUAUUGUUUAGAAGAUGAGAGUUAUGAAUUGUUUGAUCUACUUUUUAGGUGCUGCACGCUGGGAACACCAAUAAGAACCCCAUUGGGAAGGUGGGAGUUAUGUCUUUUGCAGGUUCCUGUGUUGGAAACGCCAGACGGUCCUGUUUUUGAGAGCAAUGCCAUUGCGCGAUAUGUUACUCGUUUGAAGGCGGAUAAUCCCCUUUAUGGUUCUUCCUUGAUUGAAUAUGUAAGUGGUAUAAGUGGAAGAGGCACCCAAACCCAAGGCAAAGAAUCCUCUUGA